GCCGACGCUCCAUCCACUGAGCCAAGCCGGUUAGUUAGGGCAUAGGGUCCAGCUUUGCUGGACCUGCUUUCUUCUCCUUCCGAACUCGAGCCUCCCUCGCAGCCGGAGGCCCUACACCUGGGUUAAACGCGCCUCUUUCUCCAAGUCCGGGUUUAAGCUGUCCGCCUUCGCUGGCGCCCUGGGGGCGCUCCGCUCUUCUCGACUCCGAUUGGGUGAAUUCCACGCCUCUCAUCGCGCCGGGGGCGGGGCUCGGCGCCAGAAGAUGACGUCACGGCGGCGGGGCCGGAACUUUGGGUUGUUUCGGCUCUCCGCUGGCGUCGGGCGCUCAGAGACCGUUCCGUCGGCGCCGCCGCCGCAAUGACCAUCUGUCAGUUCUUCCUUCAAGGCCGCUGUCGCUUUGGGGAGCGGUGCUGGAACGAACACCCCGGCGCCUGGGGUGCGGGCGGUGGACGGCAGCAACACCCCUCAGGUAGUAACAGACGUGGAUGGAAUGCCACCAGCCAGAGAUACUCCAGUGUUAUCCAGCCAUCCAGUUUCUCCAAAUCCACACCAUGGGGGGGCAGCAGAGAGCAAGAAAAACCAUCUUUUGGUUCUUUUGAUUCUGGAGAUUCAACUAACAGGAACAGGGGGUUUGGAUUAUCUCAGAACCCAUUUGCUACUUCACCUACGUCUGAUGAACAGAAAGAUGAAAAGAAACUUCUGGAAGGAAUUGUGAAAGAUAUGGAGGUUUGGGAAUCAUCAGGGCAGUGGAUGUUCUCUGCUUAUUCACCAAUGAAAAAGAAACCUAGUAUUUCAGGUUUUACAGACAUUUCACCAGAGGAGUUGAGGCUUGAAUACCAUAACUUCUUAACCAGCAAUAACUUACAGAGUUAUCUGAAUUCUAUCCAACAGUUAAAAAAUCAGUGGAGGAACAGGGUAAAUGAACUGAAAACUCUAAAUACAUCAACUAAAAUAGCUUUGCUCUCCGAUAUAAAGGAUGGAAUAAAUCAAGCAACACCUACAUUUGGAUUUGGCAGUAGGCAAACAGCAACAUUCGGGUCACCAGGUUUUCCAGUGAAUAACAGCAUGGGUGAUAAUGCUCAAAAUUCUAGUUUUACAACAAGCUCUGGAUUUGCCACUGCCCCUACUGGAAGCCCUUCUGUGUUCGGGAAUAGUCCAGCAUUUGGAGCUGUUCCCUCUACCAGUCCUGCCAUCACUACUUCUACUCCAGCUCCUGGAUUUGGGAAACCUGAAAUCACAUCUGCUGCUUCAUUUUCCUUUAAAACCCCUGCAGCCUCAGGAUUUGGCUCAGCCGGGUUUUCAGGAUUCCCAGCUCCCAUGGCAGCAGGCCCUGUGGGAGCUCCAGGGGCCCCAGCCUUUGGAAACAGCAGUUCUGUGGCUGGCUUUGGUAGUCCAGGCUCACAUUCUCACACUCCUUUUUCCAAGUCAUUCAGUGACACUCAUGAUGGACAUAGCAGCACAUCCACCUCUGUCUCUGUCUCAAAUGGCAGCACGACCACAGGUAAUGAAUUAUUCACACCCAAGCAUCAGCUAACAGCAGAAGAACUGAGGCAAUUUCAGUCCAAGAAAUUUACUCUGGGGAAAAUUCCAUUGAAGCCACCACCUGUGGAACUUCUAAAUAUUUGAAAGGACAAUUUUAAAUACAGAAAAGAAUGACUUUUAAAUUGUUUUGAAUGGUUCAUAUAGAAGAAUAGAUAUACGCACACAUGUAUAUAUAUAUACUUAUAUAUUUAUAUGGAAUAUAGCUUUAGGGGUUUGAAAUUUAACAUUUUUUUCUUGAACCUAACUAUUUAAAUAAAACAUAAUAGCAAGAGAUUUUCUUUUACUAUAAUUAUGAAUGGAACUGAAAAGCUGUCUGUGCGCUGAAUAAAGUAUUUUCUCAUCCUA